AUGUCAUUUUCUACAAAAUGCGAUGGCGGCGAGAAAUUACCGCCUGGUCAAAAAUCAGCUUGGUUUUCUUUUAUUAAAUCAAUAGCAACGUUCAAAGGCGACCUCUCCUCCAUAACCGCACCCCCAUUCCUUCUCUCCCCACAGUCAAUCGUCGAAUAUAGCGGAUACUGGGCCGAACAUCCUAGCUUCUUCGUUGCCCCGGCCCACGAAGAAGAUGCGCAAAAGCGUGCCCUAGCCGUCCUGAAAUGGUUUCUAAGCACGCUGAAAGAACAGCAUGGAAAUAAGGAUGAGAGUAACAAGAAGAAGUGGAAAUUGAAACCCCUGAAUCCGUUUCUUGGCGAGCUGUUCUUGGGGAAGUGGGUUGACGAGGCGGGGACGACGGAAUUGGUCUCAGAACAAGUUAGCCACCACCCGCCUGCUACGGCUUUUAAUUUAUGGAAUGAUGAACAUGGAGUCAGGUUGCAAGGACAUAUUGCCCCUAAAGUAUAUUUUAACGGGACCGUCAACAUAGAACGAAAAGGCUACGGUGUUAUGCACAUCGAUAAAUAUAACGAAGACCACCUAGUCACCAUGCCAAAAGUCCACGUCGAAGGACUUGUAACUGGCUCUCCAUCUCCAGAACUAUCCGGCACGUCCUAUAUCCACAGCUCCUCCGGCUAUACAACGAAAAUUGAAUAUUUCUCCAAAGGCUGGUUGAGCGGAAAGCGUAACGCGUUUAUUGCCACGAUCUUCCUCGAUGAUCACGCGAACGAGCCCAUUUAUAUCGCGGAAGGACAAUGGAGCGAUACUUAUAUAAUUAAAGACGCCAAGACCCAGAAAGACAUAGAGAAAAUCGAUCUUAAUACACUCCGGAAAACGCCAAUCACGGUAUUCCCUCUCGACAAACAACACCCCCUCGAAUCACGGCGCGCAUGGCAGCACGUAGUAUCUGCAAUCAACAGAGGCGAUAUCUUCGCCGUCGGGCACGAAAAAUCGAAAAUCGAAAACGAGCAAAGACAGAUGCGAAAAAUGGAGAAGUGUGAAGGGAGUGAGUUUCGACGAAGAUAUUUUACACGCGCAAAUGACAAUCCUAUUGCGGAGAAAUUAGCAGAGGUAUUGAAGGGGACUUCAGUGAAAGAUGAUAUGAUUUGGUUGUGGGACGAUGAGAAGUAUAGGCGUAUUGAAGAGAAUAAGAGGAAUGGGAUUAAGAGUCCUGUGCAUUGUAGAUUUGAUUCUGGGAUUGAAGGGAUUGAUAUGUCGGAUGACUAG